AUGCUAACGAUGAGGGACGAUCCGAUUGUUUAUACCGAAGGCAUCGAAGGCGUAGCACGAGUUGCGCCUUAUGUUGCGAAUAACUGGCUGUCUUUGCUCAAGCAGGACUCCGUCGUCACUGUCAACAUCCCAAGCAGCAACAACACUGAAAUCCACCUUGAAGAGUUCGAGAAUAAUGAGACUGGUGGCUACCUUGCGAAUUCGUUGACUAGUUGGGGUCCUAGCUGGGAACUUGGCGUGAAGCCGAACCUCGUCGCACCUGGCGAAAACAUUCUCAGCACUUACCUAACUAGCGAUGGUAGUUACCGGGUGAUGACAGGAACCAGCAUGUCCGCUCCGCUGGUGGCUUCUGCUUUCGCAUUACUAAAGGGAGCGCGAGGCAGCCUUGACCCUCUACGUCUGCGCCGUAUCAUGACAACAACUUCAAAACCGAUUGCCUGGCAUGACGGCACCAAGGUCCAUCCCGAUAUUCUUGCGCCAGUCCCACAGCAAGGCUCGGGUAUCAUUCAGACUUGGAACGCGGUUUAUAGCACGGCGGAGCUCAGUAUCGACAACAUUUCUUGGAACGAUACUGACCACUUUGUGGGCAACCGAACUUUCAGCAUCCUCAACACUGGAUCCGAGGAUGCCAUUUUCGAGCUGAGCCACCGAAAAGCUGUCACAAUGUAUACACUGCAGGACAGCUUUGGCGGCGUUCUUCGAGCGGCUAGCUUCCCAAAUCCUAUUGUUGAGGACUGGGCGGACAUACAAUUCAGCUCUAGGUAA